UGGCUAGAAAAGACUGUCUGGGGUCCUUGGGGUCCUCAAUUAUGUCAUGUAUCCAGAAGUAUCCAUUCAGUGUCCCGUUUUGUAGAGCAGUCUCAAAAGGCGACUGUUGAAAAGGUUCAGCAAUUCAUCAAACCCUCUUCAGGAUUAGCCCAAGGGUCAAUGAACCCAUCCUUUUCGUCCUUAGGCAUUCCAUUGUUCAGUGGCAACGGGAGAAUUACUUGACAAGUCCAAGUUCAAUUCAAAGUGCAUUAUAUAGUUGCCCUAUUAAAUCACCCGCAAAAGUUCAACAACUUUCAAUUAUUAUCAUGCCAAAUACUAAGUGACUGCCUAACCGACAUAAGUAAUUGAUGGCCCAUUUUCUCGUUGAAAUGAAUUAGGUUUCAUGUAUGAGUUAAUUCAGUCAACAAAGUUGAGACGUAGCAAGUAGCAAACACACAAAUUGUCCAAGGAAUUUAUUUAUUCACUUUGAAUGCCCAAUGUGGGGGGUGUCAAACUUUCUUCGCAGCAAUAUGGGUUAAAUUCACAGGCAAAUUGUAUUUUCUUUCAACAAAGUUUAUUAUUUUUAAUUGUCUAAUGUUUCGGGAGGCAAACGGCAUUAAAUUGAUUCUAUUCAAUUUCACAAACUAUGCCGUUUAUUCCACCUCCAAAGUGUUAGUUCUCGUAUUUAGCAUACGUUGAACGCAAAUAAAUGGAUCAAUUGGUAAACAAUACCUUUAAUUGCUAUGAAAAGCAGAGUGAUAUUUUGAUUUUACAAGCGCACAAUCAAUUUGAGGUUUUGAAAGUGUCAGCACUUGACGAGUGCCAUCUGCAAUACAGACAGAACCCACAUAGAAAUACCCAUUCAAAAACUUAUCCUGUCCAAUCAGUGCGAACUUGGAACCACUCGAGAUUCAAAAGCUAAUCUAAUCGCAGUAUGGCCUGCAUUAUUCUUAGCCAGCUAGUUCUUUGUCCAAACAGUCUGACCAGCAAUUCCAAACCGAUUACACGAUGGCUAGGAGGGAAAAAUUGGAUUCCCAGGUGCUGCUUCUUAUGGUGGGUGGACUGCUCAUAAUGGGAUUGACUAUAGUAAAUUCCCUGGAAUGCUAUGCCUGCGAUUCCGCCGAGGAUUCGGAAUGUGCCACUCGACCGGGUCAGCAAUUGGAAGUGGAGGAAUGUUUGCAGACCGGCGACGAGUGUGUCACCUCGAUAUCUGCGGGACUAACACGACGCGGCUGCCUGGCCCGACUAUAUCCCAAUGGCUAUUGUGCCGCUCCGUGUGACAGGUGUAACACGAGUCUAUGCAACCGGCACGUUUAUCCCACGGAUCGCUUGCGAUGCUAUCAGUGCAGCGGAUCGGAGUGCAUCGAUGUGACCAGCAGACCACAGUAUCUGCUACCAUGUCCGGUUUAUCGGGAGGAUGACAGGUGCUACACGAACGUAGUGCACUUAUCCAAUACCCAGCGUGGUUGUGAGCACACCAAUCUGCCAGCAACCUGUCCGCAUGUUUGUUUGAAGUGCAAUUACAAUGGUUGUAAUGUGGAGAAGACCGUCACGGAAUCGCGUUGCCUCCAGUGCACCCACAAUCGACUGGCCCCCAAUCCCGAUUGCCUGCGGGAUCAGGCCCCGGAGGAUCAACCAAGUUGCUCCUUGAGCAACACAACUGUUGCCCAUUGCGUCAACAAAGUGAUGUACGGACAUCGGGAGAACUGCUACAGCUAUCGGAAUACCCAAACGGAGGUCAUUCAAAGGGGUUGCUCCACAACGAUGGGUUUCUAUCCCACCGGCGAUUUGAGCGAAUGCCACGGCGAAUUCUGCAAUUCCAACUGCCAGGAUAUAGUCUGUGCCGUCUGUAACUCCACCGCGAAUCCGGGUUGUCGGGCAGGACGCAAUCUGCCAACCGAAAAGUGCGCAGCGGGCACCACGGCCUGCUAUUCCUGCGAGCAAGAUACCUUCCUGCGACGUGGCUGUGCGGAUGCGGACUUUGCGCCUUCUGCCCUGGGUGACAGUUGCCAAUUGUGUCGGGAUGCUGAUUCCUGCAAUCGCUACUCCGUGCGGAGCUGCUAUCGCUGCAAUGCACAGGACAAGGAUACGGAUUGUGCGGCAAUGGAUUUGCCUACGGCGAUGACUACCAGUAAUUGCACUAGCUCCACGGAGCUGUGUGUAAGCACAGUGGUUAGUCGUCUGGAUGGGAUCUAUACGGUGCGAGGAUGCGAGGGUCAGGUGCCGGAGUGCUCCGCAAAUGAUCCGUUCUGUGUCCGAUGCAAUGGAAGUCUGUGCAACGAUGCACCCACUCUCUGGAGGCAAACACAAGUCAAUCUGGUUUCAAAUCAGGAUUUGCCGGAUAGCUGGUGGUCACUACUUCAGUACUGGUGGUCCAGGAAACUCCGAUAGUUCCAGGCAAUAAAGUGUGGUGGGAGAGUGAACUAAUAACUGAUGAUAAUGGAAGUUUGGCAGCUGAUAAUGAAAUGAGAGGAACGCCCCCCGAAAACACACAUUUUCUGUGAACCAAUACUCUUCUGAGGUCCAAGUUCUAUGAAUACUGAUAAUAAUCUGACAUCCUACAAGACGGUUAUAGCUUGAAACAUGCAUAACUCAUAUCUUUUGAUACUUUUUAA